AUGGAGCGAAGGAAUCACAGUGGGCGAGUGAGUGAAUUUGUGUUGCUGGGUUUCCCAGCUCCUGCGCCGCUGCGGGCACUACUGUUUUUCUUUUCUCUGCUGGCCUAUGUGUUGGUGCUGACUGAAAAUGCACUCAUCAUUACAGCGAUUAGAAACCACCCCACGCUCCACAAACCUAUGUAUUUUUUCUUGGCUAAUAUGUCAUUCCUGGAGAUUUGGUAUGUUACUGUCACAAUUCCUAAGAUGCUUGCUGGCUUCAUUGGUUCGGAUCAGACACAUGGACAGCUGAUUUCCUUUGAGGGUUGCAUGACACAGCUCUACUUUUUCCUGGGCCUGGGCUGCACUGAAUGUGUCCUUCUUGCUGUCAUGGCCUAUGAUCGCUAUGUGGCUAUCUGUCAUCCCCUCCAUUACCCUGUCAUUGUCAGUAGCCGACUAUGUGUGCAGAUGGCAGCUGGAUCCUGGGCUGGAGGUUUUGGCAUCUCCAUGGUCAAAGUUUUCCUCAUUUCUCGCCUUUCUUAUUGUGGCCCCAAUACCAUUAACCACUUUUUCUGUGACGUUUCUCCAUUGCUCAACCUCUCAUGCACUGACAUGUCCACAGCAGAACUGACAGAUUUUAUCCUGGCCAUUUUUAUUCUUCUGGGGCCACUCUCUGUCACUGGAGCCUCCUACAUGGCCAUCACUGGCGCUGUGAUGCGCAUCCCUUCAGCUGCUGGCCGCCAUAAAGCCUUCUCGACCUGUGCCUCCCAUCUUACUGUUGUGAUUAUCUUCUACGCAGCCAGUAUCUUCAUCUAUGCCAGGCCUAAGGCACUCUCAGCUUUUGAUACCAACAAGCUGGUCUCUGUACUCUAUGCAGUCAUUGUACCAUUACUCAAUCCCAUCAUAUACUGCUUGCGCAACCAAGAGGUCAAAAGAGCCUUGCGACACACUCUGCAUCUGUACCAGGGUCAGGAUACUAAUGCCAAGAAAUCUGGCAGAGAUGGUUAA